AUGCCAAAACAAAAAUCUCCUGUUUGGCUACACUUUGACGAAGUGUACGAUGACAAAAACAUUUUACAUGGGCAGUGUAAAUACUGUAAGGUUAAAUAUGUAUCUAAUGCACAACGCAUGGAAAAACAUUUGGUAAUAAGAUGCAAGAAGUGCCCUAACUCAGUAAAAGAAAACUUUGGAGCCUUGUCUAAAAACACGGAAGAUUGUUUACUUAAGGAAUCUACUCGGAAGAAAUGUAGUCAAGGAAAGCUGAUUAGUUACGUAGAUAAAAUAUCAAAAGAUAAAAAAAUAGAGAUGGAUAAAACUUUAGCAAGAGCAGUUUUCUCCAGCUGCUCUCCAUUCGUACCAGUUGGAAAUAAUUAUUUAAAAAAGUUUUUAAAAUUGGCUUCACCGGGUUACAAUCCACCGUCAAAGGAUCAAUUGUCUGGGAGGAUUUUUGAUGAAGAAUAUCAAUUAUUACAGUCAGUUAUGAAGAAUAAAUUCGAAAACUCUCAUUCUUUGACAAUUUUGUCUGAUGGCUGGACGGAUAUUAAUCGUGUCUCCUUAAUUAAUAUUGUAUUCAUGACACCAGAGCCUGUUUUCUAUAAGGCAAUAGACGCUAGUGGACAUUCACACACCGGAAAAUAUAUUUCAACAGUUUUAAGUGAAGCAAUAGAAGAAGUUGGGCCCAAUAAAGUUCAUGCCUUAAUCACUGAUAACGCACGAAACAUGAAAUCAGCAUGGAGCAUCUUAAAACAAAAAUACACCCACUUAAUCACGUUUGGAUGCGUCGCUCAUGGCCUUAAUUUGCUAGAUAAGGACAUUGUUUCAGUGUCAGAAAUUAAAAAAGUUAUUGUAAGGUCAAAGGAAAUAAUUAAGUUUUUCCAAAAUCAUGUAUUGAAUAAUUCAGUGUUGAUGGAGAUUCAACGACAGAGAACAAAUAAGACUUUACACUUACAGCUGCCUGUUGAUACUCGCUGGGGCACUUAUUGUAUAUGUUUAAACAGCUUAUUAAGAAUUAAAGAAUCGUUGCAAGUGGCAACUUAUGAUCCUCAUGUUUCUAAAAGUAUAACCGAAGAAAUGAGACAAGAUUUAAGAGGCGAUGAUUAUUUUUGGCCUAUGUUAAAAAAUAUAAACGACUUAUUAGAUGUUCCGUGUUCUAUUAUAAAAUUUUUGGAAGGUGAUUAUCCUACUUUGAUGAUGGUAUCAAAAAAAUUAGUUGAAAUGUACGGAGAUUUUAUUGAAAAAUCUUAUUUUCUACAAGAGAAAAUACAAAGUUUCGUUGAAGAUAAAUAUUUGGCUCCUGUGGAAUUUAUUGAAGAAUUCGCUACAAGUUUAAAAUUGAAUGGCGACAAAGUUAUUUUAGAUCUAGGUGACUAUCUAACUCAACAAGCUGUUUGGGGUAAUAAAUCUCUUUGGAGUGAAUCUAAAUUAUUAAAUCCAAUUACUUGGUGGGAAUUAUAUUUUUCCAGCCGAGAUCUUGCGAAAUUAGCUGUAAUAAUUCUAAGUAUUCCUGCCACAUCAGCAGCAUGUGAAAGAAACUGGAGUUCAUUUGGUCAUAUCAAAACUAAAAAGCGGAAUCGUUUAACUGUUCAAAAGACUGAGAAGUUUGUAUUUGUUAAGUCUAAUUUACAUUUGCUCGACGACCACAAUAAUUAUUUGCCAGUAAAUUACGAUAAAACAAAAGAAACCAUGAAAGAUUUAUGUAUCUCUGAAACUAUGCAAUUAGACCAAAGCUUAGAUAUAAUCAGCGAUGUUGAGUAUUCCGAAUAUGAAAUAUUAGAAGAAAUGGAUUCUGAUUGUGCGUCUCGGGGCUUAAGUGCUUCUCAACUUAUUGAACAUGCAUUAUGGUGGACUGGACCACCGUGGCUCUCGCAAUCUCCUGAAUUUUGGCCAUCAACGGUAGCACCAUCUCCAGAACAUGAUUUGGAAGAAAGACCCGGCAUUUCACUCUCAGCAACGUCACCGCCAUUAGUAUGGGAUCUCAUUGACUUACCUCAAGUCAAAUCCUUCAAUAAAAGUCUUCCGAAGCUAUUCAGAAUCACGGCGAUUUGUCAGCGAGCCAUCUCAAGAUUCAAACGAGUUCCAAACUCCAGUUUAGCCAUCUCACCAAUUAAUCCAGCUGACCUAGAAGCUGCAAAGCAGUUUUGGAUACGGGAGACUUAA